AGGAGAUGACCAGAGACUGCGGACACAGUACGGGGGAUGGCCAGAGACUGCGGACACAGUACAAGAGAUGACCAGAGACUGCAGACACAGUACAGGAGAUGACCAGAGACUGCGGACACAGUACAGGAGAUGAACGGAGACUGCAGACACAGUACAGGAGAUGACCAGAGACUGCGGACAUAGUACAGGAGAUGACCAGAGACUGCGGACAUAGUACAGGGGAUGACCAGAGACUGCGGACAUAAUACAGGAGAUGGCCAGAGACUGCGGACAUAAUACAGGAGAUGGCCAGAGACUGCGGACAUAGUACAGGAGAUGGCCAGAGACUGCGGACACAGUACAGGGGAUGACCAGAGACUGCGGACAGUACAGGGGAUACCAGAGACUGCGGACAUAGUACAGGAGAUGACCAGAGACUGCGGUCAUAGUACAGGGAAUGACCAGAGACUGCGGACACAGUACAGGAGAUGGCCAGAGACUGCGGACACAGUACAGGGAAUGACCAGAGACUGCGGACACAGUACA